UCCUCCUCGCGCGCGUGGUGUCGCUCGCUCCCUCGCCGCGUUUUUUAUCGGUAUAAAUAUUCUGCCGCCCUGUCCAUGAGUUGUACGCGCUGUUUUUUUCCCUCCCCUUUCCUGCCUGCCAGCAGCAGCCCAGCAGUCUCUCUCUUCCUCCUUCCCCACCGCAGCUCCUAACCCCCCACCUACCUCUUCUGCCCGCUGCCCCCGGCCCUGAUCCUGCCCGAUUUCCCCAAUUGAGGUCAGGGGAGGAGGGCACACCUGCGCUCGCUGCAGCUGAGAAACCGUGUCGCCCGCCCCGCCCAGAUCCGGCGCCGGCAGACUCGCCCCUUCCCGCGCAAGCAGGGGACCCGUCCGCGCCUGGCAGAGCAGAGAGAUCUUUUUCGGGAGAGAGCGGAGCAGAGCUCGACUGCUUGGUCGCUGCCGUUGAGGAGAGAGUGCAGGAGCGGUUGUUGAGGCGGAGCCUUCUGCACGCGCGUGGGGGUGCUGGGCGUACCAUGAGAAGAUGAUGCGCACCAGGCCCAAAGGUACAUUCGCGGACGCGAUGAGGGAGAGCUCCCCUCCUGCUGCUCCUGCUCCGGGUUCGGCGGCCGCGGCGGUGAAGGAGGACGAGUGGGAGGUGCGGCCCGGCGGGAUGCUGGUGCAGAAGCGGAGCUCGGACGCGGACGCCCCCGCGGGGGCGCCCGUGCCCACCAUCCGCGUCAAGGUCAAGUUCAAUGGCGUCUACCACGAGAUCUACAUCAACUCGCAGGCCUCCUUCGGUGAGCUGAAGAAGCUGCUGUCGACGCGGACGGGGCUGCACCCGGAGGACCAGAAGCUGGUGUACAAGGACAAGGAGCGGGACUCCAAGGCGUUCCUCGACAUGGCCGGCGUCAGGGACCGCUCUAAGAUGGUGCUGCUCGAGGACCCCGCCGCGCAGGCCAAGCGCCUCCUCGAGCAGCGGCGCACCGACAAGGCUGAGCGCGCCGCCAAGUCCAUCUCCCGCGUCAGCCUCGACGUCGACAAGCUCGCCACCAAGGUGUCGGCGCUGGAGACCAUCGUGGGCAAGGGCGGCAAGGUAGUGGACGCCGACGUGGUGACCCUCACCGAGGCGCUCAUGAACGAGCUGGUCAAGCUGGACUCCAUCGCCGCCGAAGGCGAGGUCAAGGUGCAGCGGCGAAUGCAGGAGAAGCGGGUGCAGAAGUACGUGGAGACGCUGGACGCCAUCCGCGCCAAGAACGCGGCGGCGCCCAGGGCCAACGGCAACGGCGCCGCGAACGCGAACGGGCACGCCAAGGCCCGCGCGCAGCACCUCCCGCCGCGCCCGCCGCCCGUCUCUCAGCGGCGGAACUUCAAGGAGCCCGCGGCGGCGGCCGCCGCGGCGCCGCCCACGCAGAGAUGGGAGACGUUCGACCUGCUGUCCUCGGCUCCGUCCACGUCCUCGGCCGCCGUGACCACCACCAUGGCAGCCGCGACCACCACCUCGCCGGCGGCCGCGACGGCCUCCCCGAUCCCGCGGUUCGACUGGGAGCUCUUCUGAGGGGGGAUGGGAAAGCCUCCGUGCGUCCCGGUUGGUCGAUCAGACGGUACAUCCCUUUGUCCAUGGAUCCUCUCUGCUCCGAUCAUUAGCGCCAUUGUUUCUCCUGUCGAUUCUUUCCAUUUCUUUCUCCUAUUCCUCUUCUUUUCUUCUUCCAUUUCCUUUCGAUUUGUAUAUCUAUAUCUACAAACCAACAGAGGCCGACGCCGGUGAGUGUGUUCAGUGAGCCAAGUCCGUCAGUCCACAACUCCUCCUCCUCCUCCUCCUCCUCCUCCUCCUCAUGAGGAUCGAUCCAUCCAUGCAUGUUUUUCAGUCACAGCAAAUAAGCGGUGGUCUUCUUAUGACGACGACGACGAAGAAGAAUUUUUCGUGACAAUAUGUAUACACACAUAAAUAGCAUGUAUAUUUGGUUCACUCAUACGCUCGUGUAUGAUUACGAUGAUUGCUUGAUUUCCAUUCCA